CAGCACUCCCAACUGAGUCUGGGCAACAUAGCAGACACUGUGUUAUAAGGAGCAGUUACACAGGCAAAAAGGAAAACAAAAAAGAAAAAAAAACAUAAGAUCACAGACAGCUUUUCGUCAGGAGGACGGACAACACAUUUUCAAAGCUCGUUCGCUUUCACUCAUUCUGAUUUGCUGUUUAAAUGGACUGAACUGCUCGCUUUUUACUAAUAUUCUAGCCUGAUUUCUACUGCUGGUGGUUGAUGCUUAUGAAGUCCCUUCACCGUUGAUCACAAAGUUACCUUUUUUUUUUUUUUUUUUUUUUGCGAUUGUUUUACUUAUUUUUUUACUUAUUUUUUUAAGUGCUUGCCUCUGGCUUAACCGGUAAGCAUUGGAUCCAUCAGCGUACUGCGAAACUCCGGUGUACAACCCGGACCUUUGCCCAAACAUGAUAGCUGCCCAAGCAAAGCUCGUUUAUCAGCUCAACAAAUAUUAUAACGAGAGAUGCCAGACGCGGAAAGCCGCCAUAGCCAAGACCAUCAGAGAGGUGUGCAAGGUGGUAUCGGACGUCCUAAAGGAGGUAGAAGUGCAGGAGCCCCGUUUCAUCAGCUCCUUGAGCGAAAUUGAAGCACGCUAUGAAGGGAUGGAGGUUAUUUCCCCUAACGAAUUCGAGGUCGUGCUUUACCUGAACCAGAUGGGGGUUUUCAACUUUGUGGACGACGGGUCGUUGCCUGGUUGCGCAGUAUUAAAACUCAGCGAUGGACGCAAAAGAAGCAUGUCUCUUUGGGUAGAGUUUAUCACAGCCUCUGGCUACUUAUCUGCCCGGAAGAUCAGGUCAAGGUUUCAGACACUGGUGGCCCAAGCAGUAGACAAAUGCAGCUAUAGAGAUGUUGUCAAGAUGGUAGCAGACACCAGUGAAGUAAAACUGAGGAUCCGUGAGAGAUACGUAGUCCAGAUCACGCCAGCCUUCAAAUGCACCGGCAUCUGGCCUCGAAGUGCUGCCCAGUGGCCGAUGCCUCAUAUCCCAUGGCCAGGUCCCAACAGGGUAGCCGAAGUAAAAGCCGAAGGCUUCAAUCUUCUCUCAAAAGAGUGCUAUUCGUUAACCGGCAAACAGAGCUCAGCUGAGAGCGAUGCCUGGGUCCUGCAGUUCGGAGAAGCUGAAAACAGACUCCUGAUGGGUGGCUGCAGAAAGAAAUGCCUCUCCGUCCUCAAGACUUUGCGCGAUCGUCACCUUGAAUUACCAGGGCAACCCCUUUACAACUAUCACAUGAAAACCUUGCUUCUUUACGAAUGCGAGAAACACCCCAGAGAAACCGAUUGGGACGAAUCGUGUCUCGGAGACCGAUUAAAUGGAAUCCUCCUUCAGCUCAUCUCGUGUUUGCAGUGUCGCAGAUGCCCCCAUUACUUCCUACCAAACUUAGAUCUGUUUCAAGGAAAGCCCCAUUCAGCACUUGAAGCUGCUGCAAAACAGACCUGGAGACUAGCAAGAGAAAUCCUUACGAAUGCAAAAAGCCUGGACAAACUAUAGAGCAAUUAUUAUUAUUACUAUUAUUAUUAUUGUUAUUAUUAUUAAAGAACAUUCGUGAUCACUUCACUGCAAGUGAAGUAAAGUGGACCCCUUUUCUCCAAGUAAUGUGAAAAAGACUUUUUACAAAAGAAGCAAUGAAGGUGCAUUUGAAGGUACAUUUUCAACUAAAUGUAGUCCUUUUUGUUUUGAAUGUUUUCACAAAGUGAAGGAACUUUUAUUUAAAUAUAUAUGCACAAAUUCUUUCAAUGCAAAAAAAAAAAAAAUCUGAUGUUAAAUGUAAAGAGUGCCAAGUUCAGAUUUUGAUUAUGUGCCCUCAAAAUUGAAAUGUAUAACAGUAAUAAAAUGGAAUUACCUUAAUAUUGGCUUUGUGUUUAAUAAAAAUUGUUAACGAUA